AUGGGGCCCCUGUGUCCUUGCCCAAACUCAAAAAAACCUAUGAAAAAUGUACCAGGGGCAUCUCAUGGGGCCCCCUACUGACCCCCGGACCUCAGGCGGGGAUCAUGGGGCCCCUGUGUCCUUGCCCAAACUCAAAAAAGCCUAUGAAAAAGGUACCAGGGGCAUCUCAUGGGGCCCCCUACUAACCCCGGGCCCUCGGGCAGUGCCCGAGUUUCCAAAUGGUCAGUCCGCCCCUGGUGGUGCCUGUUAAGCUUGGCA